UACAAGAUAACUCUUCCUCUGUUUGGCAGCCAUCACAUUGAUUCUCUCAGACUCUCAGCAUGGCAGAACUUUUGUUAGAUUCCAAUAUUCGAGUUUGGGUCUUUUUACCCAUUGUUGUUAUUACUUUUCUAGUUGGUAUCAUAAGACAUUACGUCACUAUAUUACUUUCUUCAGAGAAAAAGUCAGAACUACAGCAGGUAGCAGACAGUCACGCCUUAAUUCGGAGCCGAAUACUACGAGAAAAUGGCAAAUACAUUCCCAAGCAUGCCUUUAAUAUGCGUAAAAGUUUCUUCAAUGAUGAAGAUAGAGGCUUCUUUAAAACGCAGAAAAGGGAAGCGACUGUCAAAAAUCCGAUGACAGAUCCCACUAUGAUGACUGAUAUGUUAAAAGGAAAUGUUACCAAUGUUCUACCAAUGAUCAUAAUUGGUGGGUGGAUCAAUUGGGCCUUCUCAGGAUUUCUCACCACAAAAGUACCAUUUCCUCUCACAUUACGUUUUAAGCCAAUGUUGCAACGUGGUAUUGAACUUGUAUCACUGGAUGCAUCCUGGGUCAGUUCAAUAUCCUGGUAUUUUCUCAAUGUAUUUGGAUUGAGAAGUAUGUACACAUUAAUCCUGGGACAAGAUAACGCGGCUGACCAAACCAGAGUUAUGCAAGAACAGAUGUCAGGCUCAGCUAUGGUUGCACCUCCAGACCCCAUGAAAGCAUUCAAAGCAGAGUGGGAAGCUCUUGAAAUUUGCAACCAUCAGUGGAUUUUGGAAGGUGUUGAGGAGGAACUAACUGGCAGCGGUAUUCCAGAAACCAUCUACAUAAAAAACAAGUUCUCAUAAUUGUACAAAGUGUGACAAUUUUACACUGAAGUGGAGCAAAAUAUAUUAAAAAAAAAAAAACUGGCUUGUGUUUUUCAUAAGAAAUUGGAUUUUUACAGAUAGCAUCUAACAUUGUAAUCUACUGAUAAAG